CAAUCGGACAUUCGUUAGUCAAGAUGUUUGUUCUAGAAGUGAUCUUGGGGAUUGUGCUGUGUGUUGUUGGUUUUUUGUGGUGGUGGCAGAGAUCUGCAAGGAUUUAUUGGGAAAAGAAUGGAGUCUCCUACAUCCCAGGACCUCCUUUGCUCGGAGUUGUGAAGGAUGCAAUGAUGUUUAAGAAAAGUUUUGGGGAUCUCUUUUAUGACAUUUACUAUCAUGAAAAGUUUAAAGAUGAUCCUAUCACUGGAGUUUAUUUCUUCCACAAGCCCAGCCUUAUAAUUCGUCAUCCGGAAAUAAUAAAGAACAUUCUUGUGAAGGAUUUUCCUAAUUUUAUUGAUAGAGGUAUAAAUUCCGAUCCUCAUGUUGAUGGCAUCGGAAGGGACAAUUUGUUUUCCGUUAAAGGAGCUCGAUGGAAGACCAUUAGAACAAAAUUAUCUCCAGUUUUUACUUCAGGAAAGCUCAAAAAUCUCUUUCUCUUAAUGGUGGACGUGUCCAAAGUCCUGGAACAGAAAUUAGCUUCAGAGAUUGGUAACAAGCCCAAAGAGUACGAAAUGAAAGAAUUGGCCAGUUUCUUCACAACAGAUACCAUUUCUAUAUGUGCUUUUGGAGUUCAAGCCAAUAGUCUUUUGAGUCCAAAGGCUGAAUUCCAUGUAAAUGCAAAAAGAGCUCUGGACUUCAACUGGAAGAGGGCUAUUGAAUUUUCAGGAUGUUUCUUAUUGCCGGAAAUAGCAUCAGUGAUGCGUUUUUCAUUGUUUUCAAAAGAGACCAAUCAAUUUCUCAGAAAAACGAUUAAUUACGUGAUGGAAGAAAGGAUUAAGAGUGGAGUGAAGAGAAAUGAUUUAAUUGACACUUUGAUAACGAUGAAGGAAACUGAUGGUGAUCUUUUCAAGGGGGAUACCCUUGUAGCUCAGGCUGCUGUCUUCCUUAUAGCUGGAUACGAAACUUCAUCAUCUGCUAUAUCUUUUACUUUAUUUGAAUUGGCUCGUCAUCCGGAAGUUCAGGAGAAAUUGAGGAAGGAGAUUAAGGAAUAUGCUGAGAAAUAUGGAACUGUUCAAUACGAAACAAUCAACGAAAUGGAAUAUCUUCAUUGUGUUGUUCAAGAAACACUCCGCAUGUACCCUGCUCUACCCUUUCUGGACCGUAUUUGUGUACCAGCAAAUGGAAUGGAAUCCUAUUCUUUAGAGCCCUACCAUAAAUUCGAAAUCCCCAAAGGAAUGCCAGUUUAUAUACCGAUCCUUCCUAUUCAUCGAAAUCCGAAAUAUUUUCCUAAACCUGAGCAAUUCAUUCCUGAAAGAUUUAGUCCUGAGAAUAGGGAUUCAAUCGAUCAGUACAGCUACCUUGCUUUUGGCUUAGGUCCAAGGAAUUGUAUCGGAUCGAGGUUCGGUUACUUCCAGGUGAAAUUGGGUCUGUUCAGUAUUCUUCGUGAUUAUAAGGUUGAAGUCUGCGAAAAAACUCCCACAAAGAUUGUAUUCGAUAAGAAAUCUCUUGUCAUUCAUUCUGAUAAACCAUUGUAUAUGAAUCUUACGAGAAUUUGAAUAAAUCAAUUUUUUUUCUCUUUUUGGAAGAGGUAUAAAA